AUGUAUUUACAAAAAUAUAUAUUAUUAUUUCCUUGUAUAUUUUUAUUAUAUUUAUUACAUAUAACUGUAUCAUUAACAUGUUAUAAGGGAAUGUCAUUAAUGAAAAAUAAUAAACCACAAGAAACUGUUGAGUGUAACAAAAGAUAUUGUUAUAAUGUAACGGCUGAUGCAGGUUUAUUUUUUAAGGGUGAAAGAGCAGGAUGUUCUACAUUAAGAUGUCUUACUGCCAGAAACAAAUGUAUCAGUACAGAAAUUCAAAAAAUUCCAGUGAAAUUUUGUUGCUGUGACUAUGAUCGAUGUAAUUAG